AUGAGCAGCUCCAGAGAGGGAUCUCCCGAUUGGCUUCGAUCUUACGAGGUACCCACCACCACUUCAUUGUUGUCACUAUCCUCUCCAGAGGAUAGCCCUUUCAGGGAUUCCGAAACCAUUUCGUCUCUUCCUGUGCCUGAUGAAAUUGACGCCACCGCAAUUCCUGACGAAGAAUCCGCGGAGUCUCUGUCUAGGAAGAAUUCAAAAACGAAGUUGGUGACGAAGCAAGUGAGUAUCGAACAAGUGUUUUCUAGAAAGAAGAAAGCAGAUGCAAGUCUCAACAUUGAAGAGAAGAAGAAUGGAAAAAAAGUUGUAGACGAGGAAGUCCCUAGCAAACAUAAGAAGGCUCAAGGAGAAGAUGAUUCUGUAUGGCUUCUCUCAUCUGAUUCUGAACAGGGUAGUCCGAUAAGGCAGCAAGUGAUUGCGUCACCUGAAAAGGAUGAGGAUUUCGUUAUUCAAGCUAAGGAGGGAGAGCCUGCAGUUAAGAAGGCUUCAAAGAAAAAAUCUCCGAAGAAAAAGCCAAAAAGUGGCUGUCAGAUACCCAAGAAAGAAAACAGUCCAGAAGAAAUUUUGAAAACUGAAGAUGAAGAUACAGAUGCCGUAUUAGCCGAGGAAGUAACAACGGAUAAGAGUAACAAGCCUUCUUCGGGCUCGAGUUCAAGAUUGCCUUUGGUACUUUCUGAGAAGGUGAAUCGAACAAAGGUACUUGUUGAAUGUGAAGGGGACUCGAUAGAUUUGAGCGGAGACAUGGGGGCUGUUGGACGCGUGGUUGUUUCAGACACAACCGAGGACGUGUACUUGGACUUGAAAGGAACCAUAUAUAAAUCAACAAUUGUGCCAUCCAGAACAUUUUGCAUAGUUAACGUAAGUCAGUCAGAGGCAAAGAUUGAAGCUAUAAUGAAUGACUUCAUACAACUAACACCACAAUCUAAUGUCUUUGUAGCAGAAACAAUGAUGGAAGGCACUCUGGAGGGAUACUCGUUCGAUUCAGAUGAUGAAGCUAACAAAAACGCCAAGACUGCUUCAAAGCCAGCUGAUCAAAGUGGAGGCACAGAAGAAGUAACCAAAGCAAAUGGCAAAGCCAAAGCCAAAGCAAAAGGCGAAAACGUUUUGGGGAAAAAGAGAGGAAGACCAUCUAAAGAGAAGCAGCCACCAGCAAAGAAGGCUAGAAAUUCUGCUCCUACGAAAACUAAACCCAAGAAAUGA